UGAGCUUGAUGCCCGCAGGUCGGGGUCGGUGUCCGAAGUCUUUCUGGGGUCAUGGACGGGCACCUGCAUCUCUCCCCGCCUUUCCUGGCCACCCCUCGGGCAGAGAUGCUGGAGGAGGUGCUGAGGGAGCAGUUUGGGACCCGGCCCCAAUUAGCAGCCAUCAGCCGGAUGAAGAGGCAGCCGUCGGGCGCUUACACCUCCACGGAGGACCUGAAGGAGGUGCUGGAAAGGCGGCAGGUGGCCAACGCCAAGGAACGGGAGCGGAUAAAAAAUCUAAAUCGUGGAUUUUCCAAGUUGAAGGCCAUUGUGCCUCUCCUUCCCAAAGACAGGAAGCCCAACAAAGUUGAUAUUCUUAAAACAGCAACUGAAUAUAUACGCCUUCUUCGUGAGAUUUUAGAAGAUACCAAAGACUUUGAGGUAAAGGGCCUUCAGGCAAAUUGCUAACUGUUGCUGUAGUCUAAAGACAUCUUUAUGAAGAUUAAACAAACUGCUCAGAAAUUGGAUGUAUACAGUACUAUCUUCAGUUGAGAGAUCAAUAAACAUCUUUUUGUUUAUUUUGAUACUCUGAUGUAUUGUUUCAGUGUUUUAGGUUGUAAAAUAUAACUCUUUGGCACUUUUCCAACUUCUGAGACUCUUGUCAUUUAUGAAUUUCCAUGAGUCUUGAAUAAAGAUCUAUCCAAAUAUAUAAAAAA